UCAGUUGAAGUUUGUCGCUGGCCGCGUUCAGUUGUCCGGCUAGAAAAGCGGAAGACCGGGAAAUCCAGACGCGCUACAGACGCCCGAUAUCUGCUCCCACUCUCAGCGCAAGAUCGCGGGAAAUCAGGAAGCUCCGAAAACAUCGGAUAACCGUUUUUAUUUUUAUUCCCCUUUGGUUCGUUCUCGCCUCCGUUUCUUCUGUUGCUUCUGUUACUUCUGUUUCGGAGCCCUUCGCCGAUUUCCAGCAAUUAGUUACUACAUCAUAUAUGUUCUGUGUUAUCAAAAACGCGAGCGAAAGAAGCGCUCUAUCUGCGAUUGUAAAGACAAACACCACAAGAAAGUAGCUGUGUGCCCCUCGGGCAAAUGAACCGAAAUUAAAGGAGAUUACAAACAUCGCUAUCAAGCAAAUGUAGAGACUGUUAGUCCGGCGAACAAAGGCUAGCAACAUCUGAGGAGCACAAGCACGUGCAGAGUGGAAGGGUCGCCAGCUCAAAACGACAAAUGAAAACCAAAAACCAGACCAACAUCAUCUGCUCCAACUGCCAAUGCUUUAGCCACUCGAAUCGGGGAAUAGCCAUCACCGACGAGAAGAACGUCCUGCGGAUCCAGAGCUACACCUACAAGUGCUUGAACCACAAUCCGCGACCUCGGAUAUUCCGCUGAUAGUGAUAGUGGACUCUGGCUGCAGAGAGAAGAAGACCCUAGCCUGACCACACCAGACCAGCAUCGCAAUCAGAAGCAGCAGUUUAAGAAAAUCUGGUUUGGCUCCAGCUCCAGCUCCAGCGAUCCAAUCCGCUCUGAUACGAUACGAUACGAUACGAUUCGAUUCGGUACUAUACGAUCCGCGGACGAGCCUCCUGCUUUGGUGCAUUUCCAGUUUGGCGGCUGCUCCACUUUCGUGGCUCCAUAAACAAAGAGCCGGGCGAAAACUGGUUAUUUUCUCACUGCGAUCGAAGCUGCAGCUACCAACUGCAAUCGACUGCGACCUCUGAUUCCGAAUCCGAGCACACGUCGCAUCCACAUCCAACUCGACUCGAUCCCUCCGCCAGACUCAUGUACUACGCCGUCGAUUACUACGCGGAUAUGGGACAAAUCUCUCAAGAUUGUUUCGCUGCAACGCAAACUGGAGCAUCCGACUUUGACAUGGACGAGCUCGAUGACCUGGACCAGGUGACCCAAGUGAUUGGAUAUCAUCCCCAGUUCCACGAUCACUUCCUGGCCACCCAGAACUUCAUUAUGAAGGGCGAUGGUCCGCUGCCUAACGAUUACAGAUACUACUUGGCCAUAAUUGCUGCUGCCCGCCAUCAGUGUCCGUAUCUGGUGAAGCGCUACGAGAAGGAGUUCAUCAACCAGGGCGGCGAUAGUGCCUGGCUGGGCGGCCUGGACUUUAUACCCGCCAAACUACGUGCCAUAUACGAUAUCAAUAAAAUAUUAGCCCAUCGGCCCUGGCUGCUGCGCAAGGAGCAUAUCGAGCGGCUCACCAAGGGGAAGAACAGCUGGUCGCUGUCGGAGGUGGUGCACGCCAUGGUCCUGCUCUCGCACUUCCACUCGCUGUCCUCCUUUGUGUUCUCCUGCGGCCUCACACAAAAGCUGGACGGGCUGUCCAGUCCCAAGCUGAAGAGUCCGCCCGCAGCAGUGGCGGCCCUCGCACCCACCAUUCUCAUCACUCCCACCUCGCCGACGGAGCCGCAGAAGGGGAAGCCAGUGCUGGCGGAGAUCUCGCUCAACAAUGCAAAUCCGGAUUACGACAGCCAGACCGCAGCGAGCAGUAAUGGAGGAGCUCCACCGGACUCGGCAAAUGCGGUUGCGGAUGGACCCGAUGCAACGACCCUUAACGGAUAUUUGGCCACGGCGCAGCAGCUGCCGCAGCAGCACGGCAUCAGUGUGGAGACGCUAAUGGAGCGCAUGAAGGUCCUGUCCCAGAAGCAGGACGAGUGCAGCGAGGCGGAGCUGAGCAGCCGCUUCCAGAAGGUGGAGCAGCAGACGGCGGAGCUGGCGGCCGUGACUCCGGAGGCGGCUGUGGGCGUGCCCACCAACCUGUCGCACUACGUGGACGAUGCCAACUUCAUUUACCAGGACUUUGCCCGGCGCGGCACCGAGAGCAUCAACACGUUUCGCAUCCAGGACUACUCUUGGGAGGAUCACGGCUACUCGCUAGUGGACGGAUUGUACAACGAUGUGGGCAUCUUCUUGGACGCCAAGUUUCGGGCGGCCUACAAUCUCACCUACUGCACCAUGGGCGGCAUCAAGAAUGUGGACACGUCCAAGUUCCGGCGGGCCAUUUGGAACUACAUCCAGUGCAUCUACGGCAUUCGCCACGACGACUACGACUAUGGCGAAGUGAACCAGCUCCUGGUGCGUCCCCUGAAAAUGUUUAUUAAGACAGCCUGCUGCUUCCCCGAGCGAAUCACCACCAAGGACUACGAUAGUGUGCUGGUCGAGCUGCAGGACAGUGAAAAGGUUCAUGUGAAUCUGAUGAUAAUGGAAGCCCGUAAUCAGGCCGAGUUACUCUAUGCUCUGCGCGAGAUAAUGCGCUAUAUGACUUGAUCUCAUUAAGUGAAUAAACAUACAUACGUACGAGUAUAUAUAUAUACAUACACGCCCAAAAACCACUCACCACACACAUACCCACACAUGCAUAAAACAUUUUGUUAUUUUGAGAGAGCGCAUCGGAAAUUCGGCGAAUCGGAAACGGAAACGGUAUCUGAAGGAUCGAUCCCAGAGGCAGGAAGAGCCGCGAAAAUACUGUUUUGAACACAACGAAAAGAUGGAGUAAAUGGAGCGUGUGCUAAGCUACAUGGAUAGCAAUUAAUAGCCAUUCGAUAUCGGUGUCCAUUAAAUGAAUGUGAAUCGUUUACUACUCAAUUACCAAUAGUCUGUGUCUAUGGUUAGCCAACACGCCAAUUAAUCACGUAUGCAGCCACAAUGCAAGAAUGGAAAAUAAUUCCCAAAUUGAGCUGAACUCAAAAGCCAAACCUUCUGUCUGUUUCCCUUUCGUGAAUGUGCAAGCAAUAAUCACUGUACAUAUGUAUUAUGUUUUGUUUAAUUAUUUUAGCGCAAUAAAUACAACUUUAUUUUAAUUAAACCACCCAUGUUUUUUGUUUUACUCCUUCAUCCGUUUAUGAUCUCUUUUUUGUCCCUGAUUACAAUUAUUAUCCUGAGUUUAGUGUUUCGGACAGAAAACGAUGGUGAUUCAAAAUGGUCGAGCUUUUGAUGGAGAGAUAAUAGGUAUAAAUGUCUAUUUUGAUAGUAUUUAAAUCAACUAAUCAAUGACUGUAAUGUGUGUAUCGCAUCUAAAAUAUUUGUAAGGCAUUCAAUGUCGUUGGUAAUGCAAAUGACACCCGUCUUGGCUGACACGAGGUCAAAAGUCAACUAUAUACACAAUAAGCCGAGCUUGGAAUUUAAUCGGCAAUAUACGAAUUUAAAAUACACUUGCUACAGGGCAUCUUGCUAUGGCAUCUUUAAACGCUUUAUUGGUCCUUGUUUGCUAACUUCCAUUUCCAAGUUGAAACCUUUGUUGAGCGGAGGUACGCACAUCUUACUGAUGAACAAAUCGAGUGUACCUUUUGCAUUCGUGUAGAUACAUUUGACAUAUUUGUCGAGAUGCAGGUUUCGCGUGAAAUGCAAACGAAAUACUUAAGUCACAAUGUUUAAUCUUAAGGUUGUACCACGCUUUGAUGGGUUGCUAUACACAAGAUUUUGAUGGGUCAAUAGUGUUUACAGACCAUCUGUAGUAUUAAAGCGAUUUCGAUUAAGCAUAUUUGUGCAAUAUUUAUUGGUAAUUGAAUUAAAAUUAGUAUGUAAACUGAAAAUGCCGAGUUAAUGGUUUCUGCAAAUAGGUACGACUCUAGUGCUAUGUAAGACCUCCAAUUGUUUUCAGGCCCAUCAAGCGAGUUAGAUACCAUUGUACAUAAAACUAGCGAGCUGUGGCAAUUCAAAGAUGUGAUUUUACCGAAUAUAUAUACAGGCACAUGUAUUCCUUUGCAAAUAACUAAUACAUAGAACAAGUAUAUAUAUUUGGCCUAGAUAUAACACCUAUGUAUAAUUUCCCAUCCCCUCACACAGACUAGACUAAAUUAAUCGCUCUCCACAUGUUCUUGCAACUAAAUGGAACGGCGAGUGCAACUUGUAGGUGAAACUAUUUAAGUCAUAAGUGCAUAUUAUUAAGACACAAGAGCUCAAAAAAGGCUGUUCAAAGUGAGUAAAUAUGAACGAAUUUAACGUUUUUGAAGAUGGCAAUGCAAUUGCUGGAUAAAUUAAUAACUAGGCAUGUUUUAAUGUUGAGUGUUUUUUGGUCAAAUCAUAAGUACAUAUUUUCGAGCAUUGGCUCUUUCUAGAAUUAAGUAAAUAUAUUAAUCCAGCUUAAAUUGUGUGUUUAACAAUUAACAACAAAUAGAGUGUACAUGUGACUUUAAAUCAAACGAUUUCCCGUUGGAAAUUUUUUAUCCGUCUAUUUUUGAUGUCCAUUCUAAUCUUGAAUGAAAUAUGAUCGCAUAAAUACAAUACGCAUAAAUAAGAAACCACAGGAGAGCACCAUUUCAGAAUUUCAAACGAAAAACAAAUAAGUGUAAUAUUUCUUCUCAGCUGAAACACACUAUUUACUAUAUAGUUAGUUAUACUACUAUUUAACAACGCUUGUUCUAUGUGAUUGAUCAGCCCAACUGCGAUACCCAAAAUUUUGUGACUGCUCCUUGGAGAUCUUCAUCUUGUAUUACUCAUAAGCGCACAGAAUUAUUAGUGUUUUU